GCAGCUGCGAAAACCGUCCGGGCAAAAACAGCAACCAAAAAAAAAACUUUUGCUAAGUUUCACCGUCAUCAGCAUACACAAUUGUGUAAUUCCACACUUUAAAUCAGUUUCAGGUGACUUUUUUCGUAGGCAUACUUGCCAAAAUGAACGUUAAUCUUUACUGGUUAUUUCUUGCGUUUUUAUGGUCUGCAGCAGCUGCUGCAGAGAUGGUAAAUAUCCCUGGAGGAAGGAUGUUGAUGGGAACCAGUGCAGCGGACGGGAGGGACGGAGAGUCUCCGGUCAGGGAGGCGUUAGUGCAGCCCUUUAGGAUGGACAAAUACCCAGUCACAAAUACAGACUUCAGAGACUUUGUGAGGGAACAGAAGUACAAAACAGAGGCGGAGACGUUUGGCUGGAGUUUUGUGUUUGAGGACUUUGUGUUAGAUGAGUUGAAGAGCAAAGUCACUCAGAGAAUUGAGUCUGCUCCCUGGUGGCUGCCUAUAGAGCGAGUGUUUUGGAGGCAGCCCGCAGGACCCGGCUCAGGGAUUCGGGAUCGUCUGGACUUUCCGGUGGUUCAAGUGAGCUGGAAGGACGCUCAGGCCUUCUGCAGCUGGAGGGGCAGCCGGCUGCCCACAGAGGAGGAGUGGGAGUGGGCCGCCCGCGGAGGACUGCAAGGCCGGACUUAUCCAUGGGGGAACAAGUUCCAGGCCAACAGGACAAACCUGUGGCAGGGAAAGUUUCCAGAUGGAGACACUGCAGAGGAUGGAUACCAUGGCACCUCUCCAGUCACAGCAUUUCCUCCCCAGAACAGUUAUGGGCUGUAUGAUAUGAUGGGGAACACAUGGGAGUGGACGUCCACGCCUUUCCCGUCAGCACAGCCCAUGUACGUGCUGCGCGGCGCCUCCUGGAUCGACACGGUGGACGGCUCUGCCAAUCACAAAGCUCGAAUCACAACCAGGAUGGGCAACACUCCAGACUCUGCCUCGGAUAAUCUGGGAUUCAGGUGCGCUGCCAGCCACGGACAGAAACAGUCUAAGAAGAAAGAGAACGCAGAGCUGUAGCAACGCAGAGCUCUUUAAAAGCUUGAGCCAUCCAUUGAUCAGAUAAUCUGAUGGCUUUCAACUUGAAAGCUGUAUGAAAACAAAAAAAGGAAAUGUGUCCGAUGAAUUAAAGUCACGACUGAGAAAUGAGUGGAACAACUAAGCAAAUGAGAGCAGGAAGAAAACUAAUUUCCUCCCAUGGAGAAUUCUUAAGCUUUCUUUUAUUUAUUUUUUCUCAGAUUGUGUUGUUUCAUUGAGGCAAAUGUUAAAAAAGAAUCCCAAAUCCCAAAGAAUCUAAUGUCUUUGGACCAUUGAAUCUGUUUUUUCCCAAAGCUCCAACAGUGCAUUCACUGGCUGCCAACACUGUGGUAGUCCUCCUUUUACACGCUGGCAUCUUUCUUUUGUUCAGUGUUGCGAUGUGACUUGAGAGCAAAUGGGUGCAUCAGUUCAGCCACAGAAGCUCUAAUCCUGGUCUGGACUUCCUGUUUGCGUUCUCCUCUUGAGCUGUUGGCUGAUAAGAGCGUGGGAUGCCUUCUGAGAAAAACUCCACCAUUGGUUCUGUAAGAGUCCCCGUGAAAAUGCAAAGGCUUCUGUGUGUUUUCAGCACAUGUGGAGGUGGAGCAAAAUGUGCAUGUUAUUUUUAUUUUUUAUUUUUUUUAUGGACAAUGUUCUUUUUUUUAGCAUAAACAGCAUGUCUACACAGCAUCCUAAAAGCUGAUUGUGUAUUUGAUAAUCCAAUAGGAUCACUUUUGUAAAUUGUGAAGCAGAAUUAAAAAAAAAGGUAAAGUAGAAAAAAAAAGGUUUCUCUGAACACCCUCACAGUUCCUGCCUGAAACCCAACCUCUACAG